AUGGCAGUUCUUAUAUUAGACACCGACCACGAAGAUAGAGGUAAGAAUGCCUUCUCAGCAGGGUGAGCUGCCGAGACUGAAGUUCCAGGAAUUGCCGGGAAAAGUAAUGGGAGAACUUCCCGAGAAGCGUCGGUACCGAGAAGUGUGAAGGCUUGUCGUUCCCGGGAACGAGAAGUCUCGGUACUUCUCGGUACCAAGACUUCUCGGUACCGAAGACUUCUCGCCACCGAGAAAUCCGAGAAAUUACGAGAAGUCUGUGUUGAACGGCUUUUCAGCCUGAAACAGCUUGAAAUCAGGCUGAAACCGCUUUUUUUGUAGAAAUAAAUGUUUUUUUAUUUAAUUAAAAAAAUUAAAAAAACAAAAAUAAAACGCCGAAAAAAAUUAAACAACAAAUUAAAAUGUAAAAAAAGUUUUUUUAAUUAAAAAAAUAAAAUUAAUUAAAAAAAUACAUUUCAAGUUGUUUUUUUAAUUUUUUAAUGUUUUAAUUUUAAAAAAACAUUUUGUUCCACAAAAAAAGCGGUUUCAGCCCUUCAACACAGACUUCUCGUAAUUUCUCGGUGGCGAGAAGUCUUCAGUACCGAAAAGUACCGAGACUUCCCGGUACCGAGAACGAGAAAUCUUCACACUUCUCGGUUACCGAGAGUCUCGCCAAUUUUGUUGAUUUGGUCUCGAGAGCUCACUCUGCUUCUCAGGCUUAUCUUAACGUGUUGCUAAAAGUUUCAAUUGAUUUAUCUUGUUAUUUAUAGAUGACUCGCAUCAUAAUAAUCAUCAUGAAGAACAGGGGUUUAAUGCAGCAUAUGAAUCGAAAGAGGUUUGACUCAUUUGAUGUGUAUCACAAAGUAUAUUAUGAUGUAUUGUAGGUCCUUGGCCGUGGUCUCGCGUCAACUGUACGUAGGUGCAUCGAGAAAGGAAGUGGAAUACACUUCGCUGUUAAAGUUGUUGAUGUCUCCACAGAAAAACAGAGUGAAAGCGAAGCUAAACGACUUUUCGAUGAAACUAUUUCUGAAGUAGAGAUCCUGAGACAACUUUCAGGUCAUCCUUCAAUUAGUGAGCCACCAUUUAGUUCUCAUGAAGCCUUGAUUAGCUUGCAGUAAAAAUUCAUGACUUCUUCCAAACGCCAUCGUUUCUGUUUGCUGUUUUCGAAAUGGCACCCAAGGGAGAAUUAUUCGAUCAAUUGAAUGCAACAGUAACCGUCUCGGAGAAAAAAGCUAGACGUUUGAUGAAACAACUUUUCGACGGAGUUGAAUAUAUGCAUUCAAGAAAUAUUGUUCACAGGGAUCUUAAAGUGAGUAUCAUUAUUGUCAAUCUAUGCUGAUUCACCGGACAAGAGUUGGUUUUCAGCUCGAAAACAUUCUUUGCAUCGAUGAAGAACGAAUUGUUAUUUCUGACUUUGGCUUUGCGACUCGCCUAGAGACCGGAAAAAAACUUCGAGAUCUCUGUGGAACACCAGGAUAUCUUGCCCCUGAAACCAUCCGUUGUCAAAUGUAUGAUAAUGCUGAAGGUUAUUCCUUCGAAGUUGACGAAUGGGCACUAGGAGUGAUUAUGUAUACGCUUCUUGCAGGAUACGCUCCUUUUUACCAUAGAAAGUGAGAUCAACCGUCUAGGUUUUUUUUGUUGAGAAUUUGCAACUUUUGUAGACAGUUAAUGAUGUUGCGUAUAAUCCAACAAGGGAAAUACGAGUUUCGCGCUGAACAGUGGAACAAUGUAACUUCUGAAGCGAAGUGCCUCAUCUCAGGAUUGUUACUUGUUGAUGCUUCUAAAAGAUUAUCUGCAAAAAAAUGUCUAGCGCAUGAAUGGAUGAUACCGGUAGGACCUGUUCCGAUAGUUGAAGUCGAGCUGGUGUCCGAAUCAGGCAUAAGGGCUCGUAAACGUUUCAAGACGGUAUGUUAUUAUAGGGGCACCGCACAGAAAUGGCGCUCUGUUGAGAAACUCUUUUUUCAGUGCAAAUUGAACGACCUCGGGGCCGAGUUUGAAAAGUUAGGCCACGUUUUCAGUGGAAAAUUACUUCGCGGCCUAGAAAUUCGGCCAGAUUGCUAACAGCGCGCCCUUUCUGUUCGGUGCCCCUAUAAUAUCAAUGUUUUUUUAAAUAUUGAAUCUUUUCAGGCUAUUAUUUGGGUUCGGUUUUUCCAAAGACUCUCUAAAUAUAAAUAUCUCAAAACGAUUAUCGACCGUGACGUCCUUCGUAAAAGACCAUUUCGAGACAGAGAUGUAUGUUAUUGUAAAAAGAAAACAAAUUUUCCGUGUUUGCGAUCUUAAGCCGAAUUUCAAAAAAAUUGGCUUGAGUCCGCAUGAGGUUUAGCCCAUUGACCACAUAUAAUUAUAAUUAUUCUGAUUACAAACCUGCGAGCCAGUAGACAUGUCGCGGGCGAAGGAAACCACGAGACGAGGGGAGAUCUUGCGUCGGGUACCAUGAAUCAAAAAUAAAAAAUGGUCCCUGGUUCCAUGCAACACCUCUUUUGAUACCACGAGACGGGACCACCCCCGUCUCAACUCCCAAGCCUUUCGAAUAUAAUAGGGGCAUCUCGCAGAAAUGGCCCUCUGUUCGCAAUCUGGCCGAAUUUCAAGGCUGCGAAGUAAUUUUCCGCUGAAAACGUGGACUAACUUUUCAAACUCGGCCCUGAGGUCGCUCAAUUUGCACUGCAAAAGGAGUUUCUCAACAGAGCGCCAUUUCUGUGAGGGGCCCCUAUAAUACCUGUUGUUAAUAGGUAAACCUCUGCAACUUCUCAGCAAACGUUGGGGUGAUAGCAGCUUUUGAACAAAAGUUCAGCAACUUUCGAGCAAACGUUUGGGAUUUGCAUUUUUUAAACAACACUUCAGCAAUUUAUGAGCAAACGUUCAGCGCCAUCAACUUUUGAACAACACUGCAGCAGCUUUCGAACAACAGCUUAGCCACUUUUGAGCUAACUCUUAGGCGAUAGCUACUUCUGCGCAGAACUUCAACAACUUUUGCGCGUAACAUUAGCCGCUUUUGAGCAGAAGUUAGGUAAAAGUUGCUGAAGUUCUGCUGAAAGUUGCAAAGGUAAGCAAAGAUGUACUCUAAUUUACUUGCCUGAGGCUGAGAAGAACGGGAUGACAUCUUAAAAAUGACUUCCAGAUUCGUCAUGAAGCUGAAGCAUCAAUGUUCAGCGUUUACGGUCACUGGGUUAAUCGAGGAUUCUACUACUCUCGAGAUAUGCUCUUUGCGAACAGGCCUCGUCCAAAAGUUGCUCGGACAGGUGAUAAGUACCAAUCAGCGCUAAAAGUUCCCGAAUAACUGUAAAUUAGGAAUAAACAAAUCAUCUUUUCACUGGUCCCAAUGGGAAAUUUCGUUCGGCGACUGUAACGAACACAUAAUGGACCUAUGUAGAGGGUGCAAACUCGAGGGGACAAGAGCGGUAAAUUGAGUAUAGUAAUGGGGUUAUUCAGUGUAUGAUUGUUUUGCGUUUUUAAAAAGCUUUUUUACAUCGCUGAAUUGAGUUUUUUGACGCAAAAUACAAAAUAAACGAAAAAAAAACAUACGCUGAAUAACCCCUUAAUCUUGCCUCUCAGUCUGAGGGGGAAGUGUUUUAUUGUAAAUUCUUGUUCAGAAGCUUUGUAGAACAUUUUCUUGUAUCUCUUAUAAAUUUCUUGCCAAUCUCUCUUAUACUUGUAAGUUUAAGUAAAUUCCUACGUCUUGAUUAUUUGAUACGUUCUUCUGUUUCUUCUAUCCUUUUAAAUUUUGUUUUUAUAAAUAUACGGUAAUCUUGUUUUUGAAAUAUGAUAGCUUACAGUUCAUUGCUAUUCAACUCUUAUUUUACGUUUGUUCAGUGUCAAACAUUUUCAGACAAAAAUUUUGCAGGAUGCAUCUGGAAAUUGAUGGACUCAGAGUAAUAUUUCCAUAUGACUACGUAUAUCCAGAACAAAUUUUGUACAUGCAAGAAGUAAAAAAAGCAUUAGAUGCCCGAGUAGGUUCCAAACAAAUUACGUGUUUUCAAUUCGAUUUACAGGGCCACGGGCUUCUAGAAAUGCCUUCUGGUACAGGAAAAACUGUCUCACUCCUCAGCCUGGUUCUUGCUUAUAUGCUUGCUUAUCCGGAAAAACUCGAAAAACUAGUGUACUGUUCAAGAACUAUUCCCGAAAUCGAAAAAUGUGUUGAAGAAAUGCGUGUCCUUUACGAUUAUUAUGAAGCAGAAACCGGUGUCGCUGUUCCCAAAAUGACAGUUGCAAUGUCAGCAAGAAAGAAUUUGUGUAUCAAUGAUUCGGUGGCGUCGCUACGAUUCGGAAAUUCCGUGGAUAGUGCCUGUCAAAAACUGACAGCUUCUUCAGUUCGUGCCAAACGCUUCGAAGACGCUUCUAUCGAAUCGUGCAAUUACUUUGAAAAUUUCGACUCAAGAAAUUCUUCUAUUCCAAAUGGAGUGUGGAAUCUGGUAUUAUUUAUUUUCUGAUUAGGCGUAAGUAGCUUCAAGGAUUUUUUACAGCAGGAUCUGAGAAGUUUCGGGAGAGAGAAUAAGAUCUGCCCGUACUUUGUUACAAGGCAAGCUAUCAAUAGAGCUCAUAUCGUCGUGUAUUCAUAUCAUUAUAUUCUUGAUCCCAAAAUCGCGGAGCUCGUAUCGAAAGAUUUUAGCCGGAAGUCGUGUAUUGUUUUUGACGAAGCACAUAACAUUGACAAUGUAUGCAUUGAAUCAAUGUCAGUAGCCAUUACGCAGAAAAAUGCUGACACUGCUCUGAGCGAACUUUCCAAAUUAGAAGCUGUGGUGACCAAAGUCAAGAGUUCGAAUGCCGAUAAACUUAGGAAUGAAUACGACAGACUCGUCGAAGGACUCAGAAGGACAGAAAAAGAACGUGCUAAUGACGAACGUCUUGCUAAUCCAGUCCUGCCAGAUCAGAUCCUACAGGAGGCUGUACCAGGGAACAUUCGACAAGCGAACCAUUUUGUCCUAUUUCUUAAAAGAUUUGUUGAAUACAUCAGGCAUAGAUUGAGGAGUCAUCAGGUUUUCUGUUAAACAUUAGCUGCAUGUGAAAUACUUAAAUGUAUUUCAGGUUCUUAUCGAGAGCCCAGCAGCGUUCAUGAAGGAUAUUCAAGAAAGAAUGUGUAUUGAAAGGAGGCCAUUGCGGUUCUGCGCGGAAAGAUUGUCUAACUUAGUGAAAACUCUCGAAUUGACGGACAGUCGCGAUGUUUGGGCUCUUUCUCAAAUCACGACACUCGGUACUCUUGUGAGCACUUAUUCGAAAGGUUUCUCUGUGAUCGUGGAGCCUAACGAUGGAAGUCAAGUAGCAACGAUAACGUUGUCCUGUCAUGAUGCUUCAAUUGCUAUUAGGCCUGUGAUGAGCCGGUUUCAAUCCGUAAUAAUCACCUCAGGAACAUUAUCUCCAUUGGAAAUUUACCCGAAAAUUCUGGAUUUCGAUCCAUCUGUAAUAGCCUCGUUUACCAUGACUCUUGCGCGCCCUUGUCUGAGUCCACUGGUGGUUGCACGCGGAAAUGAUCAGGUGGCAAUGACCUCACGAUUUGAACAACGAGCCGAUGUGGCUGUAAUUCGAAAUUAUGGCAAUCUAGUUCUCGAGAUGGCUUCGAUUGUCCCUGAUGGAAUGGUAGUUUUCUUUACAAGCUACCUUUACAUGGAGAACGUUAUUGGAGUGUGGUACGAGCAGCACAUUAUUGAUGAGCUCAUGAAGUACAAGCUCUUGUUCAUUGAAACUAACGACGCCCUGGAAACUUCUACUGCGCUUGAAAAAUACGUAGAGGCUUGCGACAGUGGACGAGGAGCAUGUUUAUUCUCUGUUGCCAGAGGAAAAGUAUCAGAAGGAAUUGAUUUCAGUCAUCAUUUAGGUGAGGCCAAACUUUGUGAAGAUACUCGUAAGCCGCUAUGAACCGAAAAAAUUCGAAAAUUCAAUCCAUGUUCACAAAUGUUCGUCAUGAUCAAUUCAGGUCGUUGUGUCAUCAUGCUCGGUAUUCCGUACAUGUAUACCGAGAGCCGAGUAUUGAGAUCAAGGUUGGAGUAUCUAAGAGACCAAUUUGGAAUCAAGCAAGUUCAGAUAUAAAAUUAUGCAAUCUAUUGUAAAUUUAAGGGAGAACGAUUUUCUCACUUUUGAUGCUAUGCGACACACUGCACAGUGCAUGGGAAGAGCGCUUCGAUCCAAAACAGACUACGGCCUGAUGAUUUUUGCGGACAAGGUGAGUUAAUGUGGUCAAGCAAACGGAACAAUUGAAGAAAUUCAGAGAUUUUCGCGGAACGAUAAGCGUGGUAAACUUCCUCGUUGGAUGCAAGAAUAUUUGGAACCUGCGUCGACGAAUCUAAGCAUCGACGAAGCAGCGCAAGUCGCGAAGCGUUGGCUAACAUUGAUGGCCCAGCCUUUCACAAAAGAAGACCAAUUAGGAGUGUCUCUUCUCAAUGCGGAUAUGCUCAAUCAGCAAUCCAUGAAACGAUUCGAUCGAGUUGUUGAAUAUGUUGACUGA